AUGUCCCGGACGCUGAACUGGUCCCUCUCCUUCUUGGCCAUACAGUCUAAAAGGUGGCGUCUCAUUGCCCAGAGGAUCGGACCGGUCGGGUCUGCGAACCAGAUCCCAACGGAUGAAGAGCAGACGCCCGUGGUUCGGGAGAAGGCCAAACAGGCCAUCGGUGACCCUAACGGCUUCUCUAUACGAUACAAUCAGUUCUUCCCGAAAAACAGGACUGUUAGCAGGCGGGUAAUACCGGCGGUGAAGGGGCGUGUUGCCGAACGGGCCUUUUCCGACGAGGACUUCUUGUGCAAGUGGAAAGUGGUGUCUGAACGUCCCUGUUACGAAGACCUGGCCGAAAACCAUACUGGCCCGCCGAUGAACGAAUUAGCUGCACCCAUCAAGGUGGCCGAUGUCGCCGCCUUAAUUGCAUCAUUAAAAGAAUCGUUCCCUGGACCUGAUGGCCUCCACCUUUCCAUCCUGUGGGGAAUCCCCAUAGAGGUUAUCACCAUUCUGUACAACCUGCUACUGCUAAAAGGACCGUUGCCCACAUCUUCACCUCUCGGGGACACUGUGAAAGCAGGAUUCAGCUCAACAGGUCUAUGUCCUUUCAAUCCAUCAGCAAUUGUUCUUCCAGAGAGGCCUCAAGUUGGAUCCAUCACAUCUGCCUCCACUUCUGAUGAUCACCAGCCCUCUGGUUUCAUGCUGCAGACCUCCACUUUCAGUCCCCUACCGCAGACCUCCACAAGUUCCAGUCCCUUCCCACAGACCACUUCCAGUCCCCUGCCGCUUACCCCCAUUCACUGUCCCCUGCUGCAGGCCUCUACCUCUGGACACCAGCUACAGCACUCUACUGGUUACCAGACCAUGGGUGCUGUUUCAUCUCCAUCUCCUGUCCUUUCCUUAGGCCUAAAGGACUUUUUUUUGAAGCAGCUGCAACCACGCUUCAGCAUGAGUACAGGCAGGUCAGCACGAGUGCAACGCUUUCGCUAUGGUGAAAGUCUGACGUCCGAAGAAAGCCUGAAAAGAGCAAGAGAAGCAGCUGAAGCAAAGGAAGCUGCCACUACAAGAGAGAGAGGGAAAGGGAAAGGAAAAGGCAAAGGACGAGGAAAACAGACCAAACGUGAGGAAUCGCCUUGUAACAGCAACAGGUCUCGAAGCCCAGUUUCCAGUGACAACGAAGAAUGCAAGCGAUGUGGCCAAAGUGGAGGCAACAACUGGAUCCAGUGUGAUAUCUGUGAUAGCUGGUACCACACUAGACUUGCGCAACCCCCGUGGGUGCCGCCCUGUUUGCCCGUGCACUUUUACGCGAGCGGCCAGAUUCGCCGCCCAUCUAUGGAAAAAAACAUCCUGCCGAAUGGAGCAACAAAGAAAAGGCGUGACGCCUCACGUCGCUCUAAUGCCCGCACCCCUUGUCCCCUUAAUAUCGCUAUGGACCAAAUCCUAGAGGGGCAAGAGGAGUACGCCUUUUCUAUCGGCGCGUUUGUACUGAAUCAGAUGGCUUACGCCGACGAUCUCAUACUAUUCGCCAGCUCCCCUGACGAGAUGCAAAAACGGAUUGACCGGCUUCUUGUCGGCCUUGGUAAACUCGGCCUCGAACUAAAUGCCCUGAAAUGUCGCGUGUUGUGCAUUCGUGGGAACAAGAAGAGGAAGUUCUGCUACGUGGACACCUCCGUGUCAGUGUUGGUGGACGGCGUUGCUCUCCCGGUUGUAACCGCUGAAUCCGAAUUUAAAUAUCUCGGACAAAAAUUGAACUUCCUUCGGAAAUUCUUGCUUCCGCGCUUGCACCACCGCCUCGUUUUUGGUCGCCAUCAUAGGGCUAAACUGGUUAGGGGCGACAAGAUGACUCGUUGGGCGGUUCGUAGGUGGCUCCGGCUGCCUGCUGACUGUCCCAAUUCCGCCAUACAUGCUCCGGCGAGAUGCGGCGGUUUAGAGGUUGCUUCUCUGGAACAGCUCGUUUCCGCUCUCAAAAGCAAACGCCUUAGCCUUUUUACUGAAGGGUACGCAGAGGAUGCGCCAUUAGCAUCUAUACCCUCAGUCCGUUCCUUAAUGACCUACCGAUUCCACAAAUAUUCCAACAGCACCCGUGAGGGCCUGGUUGAAGACCUGCAUAGUAGGUUGGAUACCAGGGGCCUAAAGGGGUAUGACCAUGUUCCGGCCGUCAACAGCUGGCUUGAUUAUGCCCCCGCCACCUUGGCCGGCGUUGAAUUCCAGGAUGCCAUCAGAGUCCGCUUAGGCUGUAUGGGCACGCCAGCCCGGUUCUCCCGGGGUGGAGCUACUACCCAACUAAUGGAUACUUUGAGAGCUCAGGAGGAAAGCCCGGUCACAAAUGGUGAGCUGAAGAGAUUACAGUACUCCGACAGGCGCUACCUGAUGUCCUGGACGCCGAACUGGUCCCUCUCCUUCCUGGCCAUACAGUCUAAAAGGCGGCAUCUCAUCGCCCAGAGGAUCGGACCGGUCGGGUCUGCGACCCAGGUCCCAACGGAUGAGGAGCAGGUCAUGGCCGAGCCCCAGCCGUACGAACACAUCCAGACAGAAACUUCCUUCCAUCACAGACGCCCGUGGUUCGGGAGAAGGCCAAACAGGCCAUCGUGA